GUCGUCGCCUUCGCGCGCUCUUGCUCCUCGAGGUCUUUCGAUCAUGGCAAUGCCUGAGGCGCAGCCGUACCGCGUCGCCGUGGCGACCGUCUCGGGCGACGUGGAGUACCAUCGCGUGCUGUUCGCCGGGGAGUCGCCGCCCAAGCGCCUGGUGUGCGCCCUCUGCCGAACCGUGUCGGCCACCGAGCCCCGGUACGCGAGGGCCAGCGGCGGAGACUUCGCGUGUCGCACGUGCGCCGGCAUCUACGCCCAACCGACCCGGCGCGGCCGCGGGGACUCGGCCGAACUCGAGGGGCUCCACGACAGUGAUUGGAAUAAGCUGCCGCAGCCCCGGCACUCUUUCGACGGUGACGUCAGGCUCCUCAACGAUUCCCAGGUAUUAUGCGCAAACGCUUGGCUUGGCUGCGACUUUAGAGGGAAGCUCUCCAUUCUGGGCAGCCACCUUGCGUUCUCGUGCACCCGAGACGUCGUCAAGUGUCGCACCUGCGGCCGGCGAAUCGUUCGCAGGGACCUUUGUCAACACGCCUGCACCAGCGGUUGUUCCACUGCGUCCACACCGAACGCGACGGAAGACCGUGCGCUAGUCUGGUCACCGCAGUUCGUCAACUGGAGCCGCCAGUCGGUCGUCCCCGACUGGGAACAAGUGUCUGCGGCGCGGACGAAUCUUGUAGCCCCGGCCACGUUGAAUGGUGCGGGUCCGUCCGUCAUUGUCCCGGCAGUGGGCGCUAACCACAGAAACUGGCCCGGCCGAGCUCGCCCCACACUACAAGAAGCCCCCGAGUCAUCCGGCCAUCUUCCACCAGGCAGCCUGACCCAUCUGGCCGGCACCCUGUUGGUGAGGUUCCCGGACUGUACGCCACCCUUGGGCGACGCCCUCAAGAAGACAGCUGACAGUCCGGUGCAUAGCUCGCGGGUCAAGUUCUUCGGCAGUGACCAGUUGGUGGUAGACGGCUUCCGGCUCGCGAUGUCCGCCAUGAUCUUUUACGACUUUCCUCAGCACACGAGCGGCCUGUGUUGCAACUCGCCCGCCGCUUUGGCAAAGCUGGUCGUCUUCGAGCUGCUGGCUAAGGACGACGCGAAAGGCAACGACGGCUGCCGCCGCAGGUGGCCUCCCUGGAGUAGCUUGGCCCUGACCCUUAACGGCAUGCGCUGUGACGACAGCAUGUCACUCCGAACCCGCGAUUCUCCUGGCCUCUCGCUGUGGCCGGAGCGUGAAAGGUGGACGAGAGUGGUCACCACAGAAGCCGUCGACGCUCAAGUAGUCUCUGAGCGCUUCCUGGCCUUCGGCGUCGUUGGCGUCGCGGUAGAAUUCUAGUGAUAUUUUGUGCUGGAGUCCUUCGUCUCGAAGUGUAUGCCCCCCACAUGUACCGCAUUGACGCAGCGUCCUCCUCAGAGAGACGUGUUUUAUCGUUUUAAACUUCUCGAAUGUGACCUGAAUAAAACCUUUUUAUCUUAUA